UGACCUCUCCCCUAUCUCCAUUUCCGAUCUCGCUCUUUCUUUCGAUCUCGCCGUCCAUUACUCCCUCUCCGAUCGUCGAUCGCCGGAAACUCAUAGCAUUGAUCGAUGAUGAAGCCGCCGGUGAUGAGUUCGUCGCGUUCCGGCGCAUGAUGAGGUUCUACAUCUCCACCACGGGGAUAAAGAGGUUAACGAUAUCCAACGCCGGCGCCGGCAACGGGAAAGGAUCUCCGGCGCCGGCGAGGAGAUUCUCCGGCAGGUCGCUUUUGCCGCUCGUCCUCUUCCUCGCGCUCCUUUUGCCGUUUCUUUUCGUCAGGAUCGCCUUCAUUGUUCUCGAAUCCUCCUCCGCCUGUUCUUCGUCGCCUGAUUGUACAGGAUGGAGGUUCUUCGGCGGCAGUGAUGCAUCUCUUCUCAGGGAGGAAUUGACAAGAGCACUACUAGAAGCAAAGGAUGGUAACAUUGAUGAUAAUGAGGGAGGAGGUGGGAUAGAGUCGUUCAACCAGCUUGUCCAGGAAAUGACGUUAAAACAGCAAGACAUCAAGGCAUUCGCAUUCCGAACAAAAGCUAUGCUAUCAAAGAUGGAACACAAGGUUCAGUCAGCCAGGCAGCGGGAGUCGAUUUAUUGGCAUUUAGCUUCACAUGGUGUGCCCAGGGGCGUACAUUGUCUUUGCCUCAAGUUAGCUGAAGAAUAUGCAGUAAAUGCAAUGGCUCGAUCUCGUUUACCAUCACCUGAAUAUGUUUCUCAGCUCUCUGAUCCCUCCUUUCACCAUCUUGUUCUCCUAACAGAUAACGUCCUCGCAGCUUCUGUUGUUGUCUCUUCUACAGUCCAAAAUUCAGCCAAUCCUGAAAAAUUAAUUUUCCACAUAGUCACUGACAAGAAGACUUACACCCCAAUGCAUGCGUGGUUUGCAACUAAUUCUAUUAAAUCAGCAGUGGUGGAAGUUAAAGGGUUACACCAGUACGACUGGUCUCGGGAAGUAAAUGUUGCGGUCAAAGAUAUGUUAGAGAUCCACCGCUCUAUCUGGAGACAUUAUUACAAAAGUUUGAAAGAGCAUGACUUUGAAUUUGAUGAAGAACAUAAAAGAUACCUAGAAGCUUUGAGUCCCAGCAGCCUUUCCCUCAUGAACCUUCUUCGAGUUUAUAUCCCUGAGCUGUUUCCAGAUCUCAACAAGAUAGUGUUCUUGGAGGAUGAUGUUGUAGUACAGCAUGACAUAUCGUCUUUAUGGAAAUUGGAUCUCAGUGGAAAUGUUGUUGGUGCUGUUGUCAAUUCAUGGUGUGGUGAAAACUGCUGCCCAGGAAGAAAAUACAAGGAUUACUUCAAUUUUUCACACCCUAUCAUUUCAUCCAACUUUGUUCAUGAUCGUUGUGUGUGGCUGUAUGGUGUGAAUGUAUUUGACCUUGAAGCUUGGAGAAGGACCAAUAUAACAGAGACUUACCAUCAAUGGCUUAAACUUAGCCAGCAAUCUGGGUUGAGUUUGUGGUCUCCAGGUGUAAAACCACCUGGCUUGAUUGCAUUUGAGGGUCAUGUGCAUCCUAUUGAUCCGUUGUGGCAUGUGGCCGGGCUAGGUCAUCGCUUCCCACAAGUUCCUUUAGAGAUAGUGGAAGCUGCUGCAGUUAUACAUUUCAGUGGCCCAGCAAAGCCAUGGCUUGAGAUCGGGUCUCCAGAGGUACGAGGCUUGUGGAAGAGACAUGUAAAUUGUUCAAACAAGUUCAUUAGGAGAUGUAAAAUCAUGGAGUGAGGAGGACGAAGUUCUUUUUGCUCUCACAUAUUCAUUUUGGGACAAUAGCCAGAUGAGCACAUAGUUUGGGACCAGAGGGAAGAAGGUUAGGCUUCAGCCUCUGCUUAUCACACUAAGCUUCAGACACCUGACAUGGUUAUUUCAUGUUCAUAGUAGACGAUAGACGAAGGUACGCAGGAGAUAUAAUACCAUAGAAUCAGGACAUUCAACCUUCAUUAUUGCAUAUAAGUGAUAUAUGUAAGUUUCAUGGAAAUGUAACUAACAGUUAAUGCUGUAAAUUUACUCAGGUUAUUCAAAUUGCUUAGCUCAAAUCCAUGGAACUGGUUAAUAAGGCUAUUCAUGUCUGUUGGUCAUAGCCUCAUAGGCAUAAUACAUUCUGUUUGGGAUUAGUCUCUUCCACUAAAACAGAAAUCAUA